CCGCAGGACAGACAAUCGAUAGCAGAGAGAACUCAUCAUGGAGCAGCAGGCUGUGAGUGCUUUACAAGCACAAGCUUUAAAAAGGAAAGAGAAGUUAAAAGCCCUCAGAGAACGACAGCAUCAAGGGCGGGAACAAGCAGAAGGAGAACCUGAUUGCAAGAGAGCAGCUGAAGUAGAAACAGAAGAAAGGCACAGAGACCUGAAGCUGAGGAACUACACUCCAGAAGAUGAAGAGCUAAAGGAAAGGCAGGUCCCCAAAGCUAUACCUGCGUCAGUGGAAGAUAAAGUUAAAGACCAGCUGGAAGCUGCAAACCCAGAGCCCAUUAUAGAGGAAGUGGAUCUGGCCAAUUUAGCUCCAAGGAAACCAGAUUGGGAUCUAAAAAGGAACGUUGCAAAAAAGCUGGAAAAACUGCAGAAAAAAACCCAAAAGGCUAUUGCUGAACUUAUCAGGGACCGGCUGAAGGGGAGUGAAACGGAGCUGGCUGAUGCUGUUGGAGCAGUCACUGUAGAAGAGGCAGAUUCAGACUGAGCCCGUCUUUUGGAAACACGCAUUCUGUGUCACCAAGUCCUUCUGGAAGAUGAGCGUAGCAUUCAAAUUCAGCAUGUGACAUGAACUGGGAUGCUGAGCAUCAGCAUUCAGAUCUGGUCAGGUCAGGAGUUGACUGGAGUGUACGCGUGUGUGUGUGUGAGAGAGAGAGAGAGAAAAGAUGGUGACAAUGUACAAAGACUUGUAUCUGGUAUUUCAAUCCUGAAAUCGGAAAAGAUUUCUGUUCUUUCAUACUUAAAUAAAUUUUUUUUUUUAAAUUUCA